GGGAUUAAUGAAGGUUGCGAAAGCAUUAUUCUUCGUAAAGAUGUAGGUUAUGAAGGUAGAAGGAGUAAUUCACAUCUUAGAUUCAAACCAUCUCGAGAAAUUGAAGCGAUAGUAGAAGAUGUGAAACUCGGUAAAAUGGUAAUUCCAAUUGAAAAUAACAGGUCAGAAGAUGGAGUAACGUUUUCUAGUGUUAUAGUCAAUUAUAGAGAUAAUCUUACAAGUGUAAAUUUAGGUUUUACUAAUGAACAAAAAAUUUAUUACAAAGAGAAUCCUGGUUCGAUUAAAGGGAAAAAAGUGACAAUAAAAUAUUUUGAAGACUCAAAUAAAAAAAACAAAACUUUGAGAUUCCCAAGAAGAAUGUUUUUUGUACUACAACUACAAAACUCGAGGGAAUUGAAUGAUGAGGCGGUGACAUUUUUAAAAUUAUUCGAAAUACAAGCGUGGGCAGUGACAUACAUACAAUUUAAUCUUCCAUAUGAUAAUUGGAAUAAACAAUCCAAAAGUAUAAACUCAUGCUGA